AUGUUUGGAGUCGAUCUUGACGCGGCAUUCGGCGUUUUUGACGAAAAUGCUGACGUUUCGUUAAAACAAUUGAAAGGCAAGGCCGAAAAAAAAGUGAAAAACGAGAAGCGUACGUCUUCAGAAGUCAGCGAUGACGAUCGUGUUACUCGUAAGGAUGGAAGCGUAAAAGAAAAAGACGUAAAACGUCAAAAAAGAGCGGUUGUUGCUGAUAAAGAGCACGAAGAACGCGUUUCUGAGGUCUCGCAGGUGAGAACGGAAUCUGCUGUUCAGGAUGCAAGCUCAAAAACCGAAAAUUCGACAGAGGAGGGUGCCGAGGAUGAGACGAGGAAGAAGUUUAUGACGGGUGGGACAAUUGUGGAGCCUGUUGUUGCCGAUUCAUUUGAGGAGGAGGGUUCUCUUCAAGUCACUGGUGCUGUUGGUGUCCCUAGUGGUCCAGAUACAUCUGCUGAAAAGGUAACCUUGAGACAUCAGGUCCGUCACCAGGUCUCUCUUCCACCGAAUUACAAUUAUAUUCCCAUGUCUCAACAUAAAAGUCCUAAUCCACCUGCUCGCACGUACCCCUUCACCCUUGAUCCUUUCCAAGCAGUUUCCAUCGCUUCUAUUGAACGCAAUGAAAGUGUUUUGGUUAGUGCUCAUACGUCUGCUGGUAAGACCGUGGUGGCCGAAUAUGCUGUUGCACAGUCUCUUCGUGAUAAGCAGCGUGUUAUUUACACAAGUCCCAUCAAGGCCUUGAGUAACCAAAAAUAUCGUGAACUUCUGGCCGAGUUUGGUGAUGUUGGUCUAAUGACUGGUGAUGUUACCAUUAAUCCCGAUGCAAGUUGUCUCGUAAUGACUACGGAAAUUCUGCGUUCUAUGUUGUAUCGUGGUUCGGAGGUUAUGCGUGAAGUUGCUUGGGUUAUUUUCGAUGAAAUUCAUUACAUGCGUGACAAAGAGCGUGGUGUGGUUUGGGAAGAAACUAUUAUUCUGCUUCCCGACAAGGUGCACUAUGUUUUCUUGUCUGCUACAAUUCCCAACGCAAUGCAGUUCGCUGAAUGGAUUACUCGCAUUCAUCGUCAACCCUGUCAUGUCGUCUAUACUGAUUUCCGUCCUACUCCUUUACAGCAUUAUCUUUUCCCAAGCGGCGGUGAUGGAAUUCACUUGGUUGUUGACGAAAAGAGUACUUUCCGAGAGGAAAACUUUCAACGUGCUAUGGGUGCUCUGAUGGAAAAGACUGGCGACGAUCCUGCUGCUGUUCCCAACAAGAAGGUCGGCAAGAAGGGAAAGAUUGGUAAAGGUGGAAACAAGGGACCUUCUGAUAUCUACAAAAUUGUGAAGAUGAUUAUGAUGAAGAACUACAAUCCUGUUAUCGUCUUUAGUUUCAGUAAGCGCGACUGUGAGGCGCUGGCCCUUCAGAUGUCAAAACUUGACAUGAAUGAUAAAACGGAACGUGAUCUGGUUAGCACGAUUUUCAAUAACGCUAUUAAUCAGCUCUCUGAGCAGGAUCGUCAAUUGCCUCAGAUUGAACACAUCCUCCCUUUGCUUCGUCGUGGUAUUGGUAUUCACCACUCUGGACUUCUUCCCAUUCUUAAGGAGGUAAUUGAGAUUCUUUUUCAAGAAGGUCUUCUUAAAGUUCUGUUUGCAACGGAGACGUUCUCCAUUGGUUUGAACAUGCCCGCCAAAACUGUUGUUUUCACCAAUGUUCGCAAGUUUGACGGAAAGGAUUUCCGUUGGAUUUCCGGUGGUGAGUAUAUUCAAAUGAGUGGUCGUGCUGGUCGUCGUGGUCUUGAUGAUCGUGGUAUUGUUAUUUUGAUGGUUGAUGAGAAAAUGGAUCCACCUGUUGCUAAAAGUAUGCUGAAAGGCGAGGCUGAUCGUUUGGAUUCUGCCUUCCACUUGAGCUAUAAUAUGAUUCUUAACCUUUUGCGUGUGGAAGGUAUUUCGCCUGAGUUUAUGCUUGAGCGUUGUUUCUUCCAAUUCCAAAACAGUGUUGAAAUCCCCCGCCUCGAGCAAGAACUUGCUGAGACGGAAGAAAAGUUUAACAAUUUUGUUAUUGAGGAUGAACACGCAGUUGAGGAGUAUGAUACCAUUCGCACUCAAUUAAAAGUAUAUCAUGAGGAUAUCCGCAAAGUGGUUAAUCAACCCAACUUUUCCUUGUCAUUCCUUCAACCAGGACGGUUAGUGCGUAUUCAUGAUGGUAAGAAGGACUUUGAUUGGGGAAUAGUUACAGAAGUCCAGAAGCGCUCUGCGCCAAGGGGACAGUCAAAAGAUUUCCCACCUUUGGAGUCUUAUAUCCUUUAUGUUCUUUUACGUGUGUCUAGUGAAACUGGACCCAUUAAAAUUAAGCAGGGACAACUUCCAGAUGUUCAACCACCAGUUGAGGGUGAUGAGGGACGCAUGGAGCAGGUUCCUGUCUACCUCUCUGCCAUUGACGGUAUUGCUCAUAUCCGUGUAUUCCUCCCUAAAGACUUGAAGUCUCCUCAGCAACGUGCUAUCGUCGGUAAAUCGUUGAAGGAGGUGAAAAGACGGUUCCCUGACGGUAUUCAGUUGCUCGAUCCGGUGGAGAACAUGCAUAUUAAGGAUGAAACAUUCCAAAAACUUCUUAAAAAGGCAGAGGUGCUAGAGGCCCGUUUGUUGGCUAAUCCUUUGCACAACUUUGAUGGUGUUGGAGAAAAGUUGGCACAAUUGGAAGAGAAGAAGUCGCUGCAGGGUCGUGCAGUUUUGCAGUUAAAUGAGCUUAAUUGCAGAAAACGUGUGUUGAGACGUUUGGGCUUCACAACCACCGACGAUGUUAUUGAGGUAAAAGGUCGUGUUGCUUGUGAAAUUAGUUCUGGAGAUGAAUUACUUAUUACAGAACUUAUUUUUAAUGGUAUAUUCAACGAUCUGACUCCUCAACAAUGUGCCGCUUUGUUAAGUUGUUUGGUUUUCCAGGAGAAAUCCAAUGAUGAAAACUUGCACUUGAAAGAAGAGCUUUCUGGCCCUCACAAAAUUUUGCAGGAGAUGGCUCGGCGUAUUGCCAAAGUCUCUCAGGAAAGUAAACUCAAUGUUAUUGAGGACGAGUAUGUCGAGAGUUUCAAACCGUCUUUAAUGCCCGUUGUCUUUGCCUGGGCUCACGGUGCUACAUUCGCACAUAUCUGCAAAAUGACGGAUGUCUAUGAAGGAUCUUUAAUUCGUAUGUUCCGUCGAUUGGAGGAAUUGCUUCGACAAAUGGGGGAUGCUGCUAAGGUUAUUGGAAACACAGCAUUGCAGAAGAAAAUGGAGGAUUCAAUUGCUUGUAUUCACCGUGACAUUGUUUUCAGCGCAUCUUUGUAUUUGUAA